AUGGACGGCAUCUCCUGGGUCAUUAUAUGUAAGGAUCUAUCGGCUUCAUAUAACGGCAGGCCACUCGCGCCCACGACCUCAUUCUCCGUGCAUGCCCGUGCAGCACUGCAAAGUACUGGCCCUGAAACCUACGCGGUCUGGCGAAAAGUCUUAGCAUCGUCAUCAAUGACAAGGCUGAAUGGUCAGUCGUUGAAAAAAGUUGGCGUGGCACGACAUCCAACGGCGAAAGAGCAGUCCGCAUCGGAUUCUCCUCGACUAAUCGUGGCGAGUAAGCAGAUGGCACCUGUUUCCCCGCCCCAAAACGUCACACUGGCGACAGUUGUCAAAGCCGCAUGGGCGUUGACCCAGAAACACCUUCUUCCAGAUGAGUCUCCACAGGAUAUCGUUUUCGGGCAGGUGGUCAGUGGCCGUCUUCUAGGCAUUCCACAUGAAAAUCGUAUUGUCGGACCAUGCUUGAGCAUUAUUCCAGUGCGUGUCCGCAUGUCCGGGACUCAAACAAAAUGGGACCUCCUGGACCAAGUCCAACAACAGCACCGGGAUACGAUGGGGUGCUGGAAUAUUGGUCUUGAUGAAAUCGUGCGGAACUGCACUUCGUGGCCGGUGGGUACGCCAUUUGGAAGCUUCGUCCGGUUCCAGAACUUUGAAACCCGUCCUCUCUGUCAACUGGGAGAAACGUUCUGCCAAAUGGAUCAGAUCAAGAUUCGAAUCAACCAUCAGAAACGGCAAAUGUCUGUGUGGUUCCCUCCUCCGCUGCAUUAG